AUGUCGCACUUCAGAUCCAAGAAGCUCGAUCUCAGCGGGUUUGUCAAUGCCCGUGUGAUGCGCGACCACACCAAGCGCAAGGUGUUUGAGCAAUACGAGCCCGAACGCCAGGCUCUGCGCUACAUCAUCCGCAACACUACUCUCCCCCAGCGUACCCGCGCCCAGGCUCAGCUCCAGCUCUCGCAGAUGCACGCCUACACCCGGCCGACGCAGAUCAAGAACCGCUGUGUUGCGGGAGGUAUAGCCAGGAGUAUCUUCCGAGACUUUAGAAUUGCCAGAUAUCAAUUCCGUGAGCAGGCGCUGGCUGGUGAACUUCCCGGUGUGAAGAAGGCGAGUUGGUAAAAGGUCGACUCGACUGGUUAUAUUAAAGAUUUGGCACGUUUGGAUCUGCCGGUUUGCACAAAGGCGUUUAUUCCCUUUCUUUUGUUCGAGAGCUGUACAAUAAAUUACGAGGUUUGGUCGAUGUAUACUACUCAAUCGAUCCUGAAUUCCGC